GAGAAGGAGGCUGAGCUGGACAGUGCACGUGAGGAACUGCGAUUGCUGCGUGAGCAGUGCGAUAGUAGCUCUGCAGAGAGGCAGACGGCACUGGAGAGUGCGUUCCAGGAACGAGAAACCUUACAGCGGGAGCUAGACGGCGCACGUGAGGAACUGCGGUUGCUGCGUGAGCAGUUUAGUAGUACCUCUGCAGAGAAGCAGGCUGAGCUGGAUACUGUGUUGCAGGAACGUAAAGACGUUUUACUUGAAUUAAAGCGGGCGUUGCGGCAGCGCGAGGAGACGCAAGAGGAACUUGAAAAUGCACGUAAGGAGCUAGAGUUACAGCGGGAACGGGCGAGUAUUACUAUUGUGGAGCAGCAGGCUGAACUGAAUAGUGCAUUGGAACAGCGGGAAAAAGUACAGAAGGAACUUGAGAACGCAUUACGCGAGCGUGAGGAAGUUCGACGUGAAUUGGAUAUCGCACUCGAGGAACUGAGGGUAUUGCGGGAACAGUCUAAUAGUAGUUCUGCUGAACAACAGGCCGAGCUGGAGAGUGUAGUGCAGCAACGAGGAGAGGUUCAACGUGACUUAAAUGCUGCCCAUGAGGAAUUGGAGAAGGUAAAAUAUGAGCUGGAGGAGUUACGAGAGGAACGUCAGGUUCUUAACGAACGUUGUGGUGAACUUGAGAAGAGAUGCCAGGCUGCUCUGGAUGAGAAAGAGAGCGACCUGCGUACCUUUGAGGAGAAGCUGUUGGUGUGGAAGGAGAAGGUAAAGGUGGCCAAGGCGAAGGACGACCAGAGGAUUGAGGGUCUCGAGGCGCUGACGGCUGCCCAGCGGGGGGAUGUGGAGGGGUUGGCCGCCGUCCUCCGCCCCCUCCUCGCCGCCCUCGGACUCCCGCCGCCGGACCCCGCGCCGCUGCCGGACGGCCGACUUGACGUUGCGCCGCUGCUCGAGUCCCUCAACGGGGCGCAGGCGGCAGUCGCCAACGGCACGGCGCGUGUCACCGCACUUGAGACGCAGUUGCACGAUGCAGAGGAGAAGUGUGCGGCCGCAGCGGCCCCAGAGGUGGUGACAGAACUUGAACAGCGUAACGCACAGCUAGAGGAGAAGUGCGAGCUUCUUCGGAAGGAGAUUAAACGACAAAGAGAGGCCUUCCAGAGGGAGAAGGCACAACAGGAUAUCUCAACCGCAGGGACGCGGGAAGAGGGGCGUGCUACACUACGCGCAGCAGCAGGAGGUGUGUUUGAGAAGGACAUGCUUUCAUUAGCAACACAACAAAGUCAACGCGAUAAUGAAAUUCGCCAAUUGCGUGCUCAGCUCCAGACGCUGGAGAAGGAGAAUGCGGAACUGAAGAGAGAAUGUGAUCAUAAUAACUCUGUAUUGGCACAGUACACAAAAGAUAUUGAGGUUCUUAAGGCCAAGGAGCGAGUUCAGCUUAGUAUUGAAUAUGUGCGUAAUGUUAUACUUCAGUUCCUUUGUUGCCCAAAUGAAACUGUUCGGUUGCAAAUGGUACCGGCAAUAGCUACUGUGUUGGAGUUUACCCCAAAAGAAAAAAUGGAGGUGCAAAGUGCUAAUCCUGCAUGUCCCCGUUUUCAUUAA